AUGACGCAGCCCGCUGGCGUGGUGCAGAAGAUCGGCAGCCCGUGCGCGGCGCCGGCCGACUGCCAGCAGGUGCGGAAUGGCCUCUGCAACAGCACCUCCGGCACCUGCCAGUGCGCCGCCACACACCCCAUCCCCAACGAGAUCAGCUGCCUCACAGAGGUCAAACAUGGCGAGUUCAGCCGUGACGGAUAUGUUCCAGCCGCGUGGGUGAACGAGAGCUGCACCAUCUCGAGCCAGUGCCGGCCUGAGGAAUCGCACUCGCAGUGCGUGCGCGGCGUGUGCACAUGUGACGUCAAGUACUACAUCCACACGUACACCGACGACACGACGUCCUGCCUGCUGCGCGCCGCACACGUCGGCGACGAGUACAAGACGCCGGUGGACCCGGUGAUGAUCGGUAUCCUGGCCUCGUUGGUGCUCAUGUUCGUCAUCAUCUGCGUGGUGCUCCGGCUGUUCAGCAAAGCGCAGUUCCGCCAGAACCGGACCAUCCUGAAUUCGGCCAACCCGCGGCUCAUGAACGCCUCGUUUCUGAAGGGCUCGCUGAUCAAGUCACCGGUGGAGCAGCUGCGCGAGUCGCGCGGCUCGCAUAGCUCGCGUGGCAGCCGUGCGCCCAGUCUCACGUCCCUGCAGCGAGCCGAGGGCGAGGCGGCCGCCGAGAACGGCGAACAGCGACGCACCAGCGCGGCAGACGGCGCCGACCUGAACCACGUCAAGGUGGAGGUGACCGGCCACGGACGCUAG